AGUCUGCGCUCGGUGCAUUCUCGUGUCAACACAAUUACAGAAACCGACUACAAUCAUCAGCAACGUCUAAACAGAUAGAAAACAAUACGCUGGCACUGAGGUUAAGAGCAUAAAGAACAGUGAGUGAACUGAAAGUCUCUUCCGAGAAUUCUGAGAGACGUAGUCAUUAAGAGGAGAAGGCCCAAGAGGAUUGUCUCUCAACGCAGGGAACGUUACAAAACAUAAUUAAAGAGAAUAUCCUCUGCAAGCAAAUACGCUGACAAGAAGUUUCCGACGUCUCGUUAGUAAUCUUUUUUUUGGCAUCAGUAACGCGAGUUCAGGAGGAUGAGCGGUGAAGAGCCAAACCCAGCGGCUUUACCCGUGCCCGUUGAAGACGUGCAGGGCGACGGACGCUGGAUGUCUCAGCAUAACCGUUUUGUGCAGGAGUGUAAGGAUGCUGAACCAGAUGUCCUCUUCAUCGGGGACUCGAUGGUGCAGCUCAUGCAACAACAGGAGGUGUGGCGGGAAUUAUUCUCACCCCUUCACGCUCUGAACUUCGGCAUCGCCGGCGACACCACCUGCAACGUCCUGUGGAGGCUUAAGAACGGAGAGCUCCAGAACAUCCGCCCAAAGGUGGUGGUGGUUUGGGUGGGCACCAAUAAUCACGAGCACACAGCCGAACAGGUGGCGGGAGGCGUGGUGGCCAUAUCUCAGCUCUUCAUCUCACAACUUCCACAGGCCAAAAUUGUCGUUUUGGGUCUGUUGCCACGGGGUGAGAAGCCAAACCCUUUGCGUGAGAAGAACACGGCGGUAAAUGGCUAUCUGCGUUCCUGGCUUCCCAAACUGGGCCCGGUCCAGUUCCUGGACGUCAGCUCUGAGUUCGUCCACUCCGACGGUACCAUCUCCCGGACGGACAUGUUUGACUUCCUGCACCUGAGUGCCAGCGGGUACCAGACUGUGGCCAAGCCUCUGAGUGAACUACUGCUGCAGCUCCUGGAGGAAACACCAGAGGACAAACACAAUGCACUGGUCUGAGAGACAGUUAGA